AUGACAGUGACGCGGGUGGCGGAGUCCCGCACCGAGUUUAAAUUAAAGAGCUUACCAGACGAUGCUAUAUCAAGCGUUAAAUUUGCUCCUAAAUCCAAUCAAUUCUUGCUGGUGUCCUCAUGGGACUGUUCUGUAAGGUUGUACGAUGUCACAUCGAACACGGAGCGUCAUAAAUACAACCAUGAACUGCCUGUCCUGGACGUCUGUUUUCGGGAUGCUGUUCAUACAUACAGCGGUGGGUUAGAUCAGACUCUUAAAAUGUACGAUCUGAAUGCUAGUAUGGAAACUAUACUGGGGGAACAUAAAGGUGCGAUCCGAUGUGUGGAGUUUGCAUCUGAAGUGAAUGCUGUUCUCACUGGCAGUUGGGACGGCACUGUCAAAAUGUGGGACAGUCGUGUGCCCAACUGUGUUGGAACUUAUAACCAGGGAAAUGAAAGGGUAUACACAAUGAGCAUAGUGGGCGAGAAGUUUGUGGUAGGCACAUCUGGCCGCAAAAUCUUCGUAUGGGACGUAAGAAAUAUGGGACAUGUUAACCAAAGACGGGAAUCCUCUCUCAAGUACCAGACUCGGUGUAUCCGAGUGUUCCCUAACAAACAGGGUUAUGUUCUCAGCUCCAUCGAGGGUAGGGUGGCCGUGGAGUAUCUUGACAGUAAUCCUGAGGUGCAGAAGAAAAAAUAUGCUUUCAAGUGUCAUCGGAUCAAGGAUGGAGGUUUAGAAAAAAUCUACCCAGUAAAUGCAAUCAGUUUCCAUUCUGUGUACAAUACAUUCGCAACUGGUGGCUCAGAUGGUUACGUCAACAUUUGGGACGGUUUCAAUAAGAAGAGGCUGUGUCAAUUCCAUAGAUACAACACGGCCGUCUCAUCUUUAAGCUUCUCCCACGACGGAUCCGCAUUAGCAAUUGCUUGUUCCCAACUUGAUGAGACACAAAUAGAGGACCCGAAACCAGAAGAUACCAUCUACAUUAGAUAUGUCACAGACCAAGAAACUAAACCGAAAUGA